UUGAGGAGAUGAAGUUUGGAGAGACGUUCACGGAAUAUCUACAUGGAGAAGAGGAGUGGUUCCUAGAAAAAUGUCGUUACGUUGAAUAUAAGAAACUCAAGAAAGUGCUGAAGAAAUGCAAGACAUGUAACUCCACAAGAUCGGAUGAUGAACACAUCAUCUCAUCGGCUACUUCUUUGUCUGAUUCAUGUCAAUACCAGUCUUGCCCUUGGUGUGAUCAGAUGUUCUUCGAGGAGCUGAUGAAGGAAGCUUCUGACGUAGCAGGAUUCUUCAAGUCAAGAGUCAGGCAUCUUCUCCAUCUUCAUGUAGCCACUGGGAUGCAAAGAUACCUGAUACGUCUACGCAGAUGCUUCACUGACGAAAAGCAAGCUUUGAUCCAUGAGGGCCACAUCUUGAUUCACUACAUAACAAUGAAUGCUAUUGCCAUCCGUAAAAUCCUAAAGAAAUAUGACAAGGUGCAUGGCUCAGAGAAUGGGAAGAAUUUUAAGUUGAAAAUGCGAGCAGAGCGCAUAGAGCUCUUGCACUCACCUUGGCUUAUAGAACUUGGAGCCUUUUAUCUCAACUCUGGUCUUGACAAAGUUGGAAACUUCAAGAACUCGUUUGGCCGCGUCUUAUGUGAAAAUCUCAACGAAGACCAACCAGUGAUGAAACUCAUGCUGCCUAACUCAAUAGAGCUUGAGUUUGAUCUAACUUGCGCAAUAUGUCUGGAAACAGUAUUCAAUCCCUACGCUUUGAAGUGCGGUCACAUAUUUUGUAAAGCGUGUGCAUGCUCGUCUGCUUCUGUAAUGAUUUUCCAAGGCGUUAAAGCUGCACCACAAUGUUCCAAAUGUCCCAUAUGCAGAGAGGUUGGAGUUUAUGCGGAAGCAGUUCACAUGAUCGAGCUUCACCUUCUGUUAAAGAUACGAAGCAAAGAGUAUUGGAAGGAGAGGAUGAUGGGGGAACGGUCUGAGAUGGUGAAGCAGUCGAAGAUGUUUUGGAACGAGCAGACGAUGCAAAUGAUCGGUUACUAAUUGUUUACUUCCUCAAUUAUAAAAAUGGUGAUGAAAAAUAGCUAAAUUUUUAUUAUUCUCAGAAAUUAUAGUUUAACUAGUUCUUUUCUUUUCUUUUAACAUUUGCACCAAAAAAAAACUAGUUCUUUUCCUUUGAUAAAACAUGAAUCAAGUUGUAUUUGUUUUUAUGAUGUUACUGGAUACCUUUUGAUAAUUUAUUACUAAUUUAUU